GGCGCGUGACUCAGCGAGGGCAAGAGCAACCGGUUGCUGAGUGCAAACUCUGCGCCCGGACCGGUCCCACGACUAUAAAGAGCAGACCGCCCGCUAGGCAUCAUCACGACUUCCAGAAGCCUGACUGUCUUCUCGUCCCUUGCUCUGUAGCUCCAGCUUCACCAGAUCUCGGAAUGGACCCCAACUGCUCCUGCUCCACCGGCAGCCCCUGCACCUGCUCCAGCUCCUGCGGCUGCAAAAACUGCAAGUGCACCUCCUGCAAGAAGAGCUGCUGCUCUUGCUGCCCCGUGGGCUGCUCCAAGUGUGCCCAGGGCUGUGUCUGCAAAGGGGCAUCGGACAAGUGCACGUGCUGUGCCUGAUGUGAGGACAAUGCCCCUCCCACGUGUAAAUAGUAUGGACCAACCCGGAGUUUUUCAUGCGGCUCUGUCCUGUUUACUAAACCCCCUUUUCUACAAAAUAUGUGAAUAAAAAGCCAUUUUGAUUCUA